AUGGAUUUUGGCUCAGCAGGUGGUGUGAGUACACUUCAAAGUGGGUUACCGAGUAGCACCAUUUUUGGAGUGCUCCCUAACAAUUUUGCCAAUUCGGCAGACGAGAAGGCUUUGCAGCAGCACCACCAACAACGACAACUUAGUGAACAACAACAAAACCAACAAGCCCAGUUCUUCCUUCAGCAGCAGCUGAAGUUGAAGGCGCAAAACACAUCAGCAAAUGGCUCACAACCAGCCUUCGUGACGCCGUCUGCCCUGACUUCAGCCCCUGAGGCACCACCUUCGAUCAUCUCCGAUUCGUCCACGCAAAGCUCCCGAGGAUGGCAGGAUUCUCCUGCAAGCAACUCAUUAUCGUCGCCGACGAGCUCCAUCAUAUCACCACACCCCAGCAGUGUUUCUCCCCCAGUCGACCCCUUGAUUCUUAGCCCCGAGCAAGAAACCAAGCCGCAGCCGGCGGAAACGACAGAGCUACCGAAGCGACGAAGGGGUCGGCCUCGCCUCUCUGAAACGAAUGCGCGAGCCACACGUGCAGCACCUUCCACAGCAACAGCGGCCUCCUCGACCGGAACAAAAGUACAGCAGCGGAAGGCCGCGGCGGCACGACGCGCGUCUACCGCCUCCGUCAGCGGCGCGGACGAAUUCAGGGGUGAAAACGGUUCCGACGACAAGAAGAACCGCAUUCGCGCCCGCAACCGCGAGGCCGCAUAUAAAUGCCGACAGAAGAAGCAGAAGGGCAUCGAGGAGCUACAAUCGCAGGAAGCUGUCGCGGAGAAUAUUAACCGGAGUUUGACGGCCGAGGCGGCUAUGCUGCGAGGGGAGAUUUUGAUGUUGAAGAACAUGGUUCUCCAACACGGCGGGUGCGGAUGCUCCUACAUCGAGGAGUACAUUUCUGGCGCCGCGCAGAACCUAGUCCACUCGAGCAUGGCGGCGGCGGCGGCGGCGCCUCCGGCAGGGCCAGGAGGAAGACCUGAUAUGGUCACACAUCCCGGGGUCGACGGUGCAGAAGGAGAAGGGUUUGUGGACUGGAAAAUGUUCGACAUGGACCGCAGAUCCGAAAUGCGUCCCUUGGACUCGGAAAGCGGGUUCUCGGGUCUGGAUGAUGUCUCGGUCUCCCACAGCGCGAGAGCGCAAUCUCAAGGUGCUAUGAUGGCAUAG